CAGAGCGUCAAGAACAAAUCGCCGGUUUCAUAGACCUCCUCCGCGACUCGGUGUAUCAAACCCUAAACCCGAAUACCCAAAUGCUCAAAUCGACCGCUCAUAUCCCAAUUUCUCUCUAAAAGCCAAAGACGCUAGUUUUGGCAAUGGCACCAUCACGCAACGUCAUUGUAGCAACGGGUCUGGUUAUUUUCGCAUCUGCAGGCUUAGCUUUCCCCUUUUACAUGGCAUCGUCAAAGAAACCAGUGAUUGAUCCAACAAAACCGCUACCUCCUCAGGCAACUUUUAGAGGACCAUACAUCAACACCGGUUCUCGCGAUGUUGGACCUGACCAUCGAACUUACCCAAAGAAAUGAUCCCCCAUCGAGUCAAGUCACACAAGAACUCUAAACAGGAGUUUUCAAUUUGAGAUAUAUCUAUCUAUAUAUCCCUAAAGAAAAAUUGUCAUCUUGGAAUCUCUUUAGUAGUUUUUGUGAUUCAAUCCAUCUAAGUCGUUAUCUUUCAUGUAACGAUAUGUACAAGACCCUCCCAUAUAACACCACCAGUCCAACGUAACCAUCGAAUUCGUUUUUAUUCCCUACCUUGUGAACUUGAUUUUAUUAGAUUGUCACACGAAUGUUAUCACAAGCUUUGUAAUACCAAUAGCACAAGCAAUAUUCCAA